UCUCUGCGAGAAACGGAGGCUGGGAGCGCCGGAGGAGCCCCUCUUCGUGCGCAGCGAUGUUGGCCAGCGGGGUUGCGCGGGGGGAGCCUGGAGACAAAGGAUACAUCUGGGGAGUCAAGACUGAGGGAGAACCAUCUGAAGUAUCACUGGAGAAAGCUGAGGAGCAGAUGCAGGAGCAGAAACUGAGGAGUCAAGAUGAAGCAAAGAGACAAGAUGAGCGACAAACGCACACAGGGGACAAACGUCAUAAAUGCUUGGAGUGUGGAAAGAGCUUCAACCACAGUAACAUCUUUAACACACAUCAAAGAACUCACACAGGGGAAAAACCUCAUAAAUGCUUGGAAUGUGGAAAGAGCUUCAGUCGGAGUGACAGCCUUACUUUGCAUCAAAGAUGUCACACAGGGGACAAACCUUAUAAAUGCUUCGAGUGUGGAAAGAGCUUCAGUCAGAGUAGCGCCCUUACUUCUCAUCAAAGAACUCACACAGGAGACAAACCUUAUAAAUGCUUGGAGUGUGGAAAGAGCUUCAGUCAGAGUAGCGCCCUUACUUCUCAUCAGAGAUGUCACACAGGGGACAAACCUCAUAAAUGCUUGGAGUGUGGAAAGAGCUUCAGUCGGAGUGACAGCCUUACUUCUCAUCAAAGAUGUCACACAGGGGACAAACCUUAUAAAUGCUUGGAGUGUGGAAAGAGCUUCAGACAUAGUAGCAACCUUACUUCGCAUCAAAGAACUCACACAGGGGAAAAACCUCAUAAAUGCUUGGAGUGUGGAAAGAGCUUCAGUCAGAGUAGCACCCUUACUUCACAUCAAAGGACUCACACAGGGGGAAAACCUCAUAAAUGCUUUGAGUGUGGAAAGAGCUUCAGUCAGAGUAGCACCCUUGCUUCUCAUCAAAGAAGUCACACAGGGGAAAAACCUCAUAAAUGCUUCGAGUGUGGAAAGAGCUUCAGUCAGGGUGGAAACCUUACUUUGCAUCAAAGAAGUCACACAGGGGACAAACCUUAUAAAUGCCUGGAGUGUGGAAAGACCUUCAGUCAGGGUGGAAGCCUUACUUUGCAUCAAAGAAGUCACACAGGGGACAAACCUUAUAAAUGCCUGGAGUGUGGAAAGACCUUCAGUCGGGGUGACCAACUUACUUCGCAUCACAGAUCUCACACAGAGGACAAACCUUAUAAAUGCUUGGAGUGUGGAAAGAGCUUCAGUCAGAGUAGCGCCCUUACUUCGCAUCAAAGAACUCACAUAGGGGAAAAACCUCAUAAAUGCUUGGAGUGUGGAAAGAGCUUCAGUCAGAGUUGCACCCUUACUUCUCAUCAAAGAACUCACACAGGAGAAAAACCUUAUAAAUGCUUGGAGUGUGGAAAGAGCUUCAGUCAUAGUAGCAACCUUACUUCGCAUCAAAGAACUCACACGGGAGACAAACCUUAUAAAUGCUUCGAGUGUGGAAACAGCUUCAGUCAGAGUAGCGCGCUUACUUCGCAUCAAAGAACUCACACAGGGGAAAAACCUCAUAAAUGCUUGGAGUGUGGAAAGAGCUUCAGUCAGAGUAGCGUCCUUACUUCUCAUCAAAGAACUCACACAGGGGUAAAACCUCAUAAAUGCUUGGAAUGUGGAAAGAGCUUCAGUCGGAGUGACAGCCUUACUUCGCAUCAAAGAUGUCACACGGGGGACAAACCUUAUAAAUGCUUGGAGUGUGGAAAGAGCUUCAGUCAGAGUAGCGCCCUUACUUCGCAUCAAAGAACUCACACAGGGGGAAAACCUCAUAAAUGCUUGGAAUGUGGAAAGAGCUUCAGUCGGAGUGGCCACCUUAUUUUGCAUCACAAAACUCACACAAGAGACAAACCUUAUAAAUGCUUCGAGUGUGGAAAGAGCUUCAGUCAUCAAAGAAGUCACACAGGGGACAAACGUCAUAAAUGCUUUGAGUGUGGAAAGGGCUUCAGUGACGGUAGAACCCUUACUUCGCAUCAAAGAACUCACACAGGAGACAAACCAAUGCUUUGAGUGUGGAAAGACCUUCAGUCAGGGUGGAAACCUUACUUUGCAUCAAAGAACUCACAGGGGACAAACCUUGUAAAUGCCUGGAGUGUGGAAAGACCUUCAGUCAGGGUGGAAAUCUUACUUCGCAUCAAAGAAGUCAUGCAGGGGACAAACCUUAUAAAUGCCUAGAGUGUGGAAAGACCUUCAGUCAGGGUGACCAACUUACUUCGCAUCACAGAUCUCACACAGAGGACAAACUUAUAAAUGUUUGGAGUGUGGAAAGACCUUCAGGUGGAGUAGCUCCUUUACACAACAUCAAAGAACUCACAAGGGACAAAUGUUAUCGAUGCUUGGAGUGUGGAAAGAGAUUCAUUCAGAGUAGCUACCUUACUUCUCAUCAAAGAAGUGUUACGAUUGCUUGGCUAACCCCAUUUUGGUUCAAGUGGAACCCAGGAGGUGCAGGGCCAGGAACUAUAACUCCCACCCCCACCUCUCACACCCCUGCCCCGCUGGUAUGGCUGGUUAUGAGUUCCAUAGGUGUUGUGCGAAGAACAACAAGGGCAGCGUUAAGAAACAGAAUUAACCAAAAGCUACGGCAUAAAUGUUAUCUUCUUCUUUGGCAGACUUCCCUCACUCACCGUACAAUCCUCCAUUGUUCAUUAUAAGGAGCCUUAGUUUUUCAGGGUCAGUAAGAAACUCUCAUGCAGGCACACACACACGCACAAAACCAGCAGAUUCCCAGUCCCCUCCUUUGCAGGAGGGGGAGAGUGGAAAAAGUCUUUUAAAAAUGAGGCUUGAAUCUAGAGAGAGAAGGAGAAGGGGGGCCAGAGAGAUCCGAACUCCAACCUGUGUACUACGCUGUCAAGGAAUGCAUGGAGGGACUGCAGGGACAGAACCGGGGAGACUCUGGGUCUUGGUGCAAACCCUUGAGACCAAGAGAUUCCUUCCUGGUUUUGGACCAGAGCUCUUCCACAUAGCUUCAGCUGUAUUCAGCCGCCCACUCAGGGCCUAGGAGAGGUAAUCAUUCCUACUUUUAAUAGUAAUAGGGUCCUUUAAUCUCUUUAGUUUAAAGUUAUGAAUGGGUUAGGAUAUCAAUGAUUAAUGCUGCCACGCACCCAAGUAAUUCUGUAACGCUGUUCUACUCUUUUUCUCAAUAAAAUCAAGCUUUGCUUUA